AGGAGCCACAUCCUGGAGCAGCGCACUGUAACUGUAGUGUGGCUCCGGACUGGAUAGCUAGUCAGCUAACGCACCGAUAGAAAGCUAAAAACAAAACGCUGAGUUUUCUUUUGGUUCCCCUGUUUGCUCGCCCUGAGCACCACCCGGGUAACCGCCUUACGUCGCAGCAGUAAACUGCACCAUGGUGGGCGUUAAAGUGAUCGGGAGUGACCCGGACUUCCAGCCGGAGCUAGCCGCCGCCGGCUCCAGGCUCGCCGUGGUGAAGUUCACAAUGGCCGGGUGUCGGCCAUGCAUCAGAAUAGCUCCGGCUUUCAACAUGUUGAGUAACAAAUACCCACAGGUUGUCUUCCUUGAAGUAGAUGUCCAUGUCUGUCAGGGAACGGCCGCAGCCAACAACAUCUCAGCCACACCAACGUUCCUGUUCUUCAGGAACCGGGUUCGAGUGGAUCAGUAUCAGGGGGCGGACGCUGCAGGUUUGGAGGAGAAGAUCAAACAGCACACAGAGAACGAUCCCGGAAACAGCGAGGACUCCGACAUUCCUAAGGGAUAUAUGGACCUCAUGCCUUUUGUGAACAAAGCCGGCUGCGAGUGCCUCAACGAGAGCGACGACUGCGGCUUCGACAACUGCUUAAUCAAAGACUCGUCCUACCUGGAGUCCGACUGUGACGAACAGUUGUUGAUAACGAUCGCCUUCAACCAGCCUGUGAAGCUCUUCUCUAUGAAGCUGCAGUCCUCAGACUUCGCCCAAGCCCCUAAGGUGUUGAAGGUGUUCAUCAAUCUCCCGCGGUCGAUGGGGUUUGACGACGCAGAGCGGAGCGAAGCCACUCAGACCCUCGAGCUGUCUGAGGAAGACUACAAAGAAGACGGUUUGAUUCCUCUGCGCUACGUCAAGUUUCAGAACGUACAGAGUGUUACGUUGUUCAUCAAGUCAAACCAAGGAGACGAGGAGACGACAAAAAUCAACUACCUGACAUUCAUAGGCACUCCAGUGCAGGCCACCAACAUGAACGACUUCAAAAGGGUUGUAGGGAAGAAAGGCGAGAGCCACUGAGCAGGAGGAUGAGGAGGAGGCUGAAGAUGUAUCCAAGGACUUUCCCUCUCUGCCAAAGCUGUCGCACACGACGCUGACAAACACAAACACACACAGAGCCUCCAGCUGUCCUCCCCGAGCUCUGAGUUAAUUCUCCACCUGUGGAGUCUAUAAAUCAUUUGUAUUUUAAUUCAGAUGAAAUCUCUGUAAAUAAAACUCGGUCCUUUUUCAAA